AAACACCAGUCGUCCACUCUCUGGUUCCUCAUUCUGUGUUUGUGUGUGUGUGUGGCGCUUCAAUGAGAGUCAGAGCGCGCGCACUCGACGGUCAUUCCUCUCAGAAACAAGUCCCUUUAAAUGCGAGUUAACCGUUUUCUGACAGUCUGACGGGAGAACAUGGGUUGUAAAAAAUCCAAGUUGGAUGGUGACCAGAAUGGAGGUGUGAUUGAACCAGUGAACAAACAGCAGCCAGUACGUACUGACCAAACAUAUGUGAGAGAUCCAACCUCCUAUAAGCCCAAUAUAAUUACCCAAAAUGCCGGCCUCCUGCCUGGUCAGGUUUUCCAAAAAAUGGAAGAGAAGGAAAAAAUUGUUGUCGCUUUGUACCCAUAUGAAGCCAUUCACGCUGAUGAUCUGGGCUUUAAAAAAGGAGAUAAGUUAAAAAUUACUGAAGAGCAUGGCGAGUGGUGGAAAGCAAGGUCUUUGACCACACGAAAAGAAGGCUUCAUUCCCUCAAACUAUGUUGCAGAAGCAGACACUAUGGAGACAGAAGAAUGGUUCUAUAAGGACAUCACGAGGAAGGAUGCAGAGAGACAGUUGUUGGCACCGGCUAAUAAACCUGGAUCUUACCUCAUACGGGAGAGCGAAACCUCAAAAGGAAGUUAUUCACUAUCGAUCAGAGACGUAGACGCUCAGGGCCAAGAUGUUGUUAAACAUUAUAAGAUCAGAUCUCUGGAUAAUGGCGGUUACUACAUCUCCCCGAAGAUCACGUUCACUGACAUCAGCAGCAUGAUAAAACAUUACCACAAACAGUCAGACGGAUUAUGUCGAAAGCUAGAUAAAGCAUGCGAGAAGCCCAAAGCGCAAAAACCUUGGGACAAAGAUGCCUGGGAAAUCUCUAAAGACUCCAUAAAGAUGGUGAAGAAACUCGGAGCCGGACAGUUUGGAGAAGUAUGGAUGGCUUACUACAAUAACAGCACAAAAGUGGCAGUGAAAACUCUGAAGCCGGGCACAAUGUCAGUGGAGGCGUUUCUAGAGGAAGCCAACCUGAUGAAGACCUUACAACAUGACAGACUCGUGCGUCUCUACGCUGUCGUCACCAAAACUGAGCCCAUCUACAUCAUCACUGAGUUCAUGGCUAAUGGAAGCUUAUUGGAUUUCUUGAAAAGUCAAGCUGGCUCCAAAAUACAGUUACCAAAGUUGAUAGAUUUUUCUGCACAGAUAGCCGAAGGAAUGGCCUACAUUGAGAAGAAAAACUACAUCCACCGAGACCUGAGAGCAGCUAAUGUGCUGGUUUCAGAGAUGCUGCUGUGUAAAAUAGCUGAUUUCGGCCUGGCCCGAGUAAUUGAGGAUGACCAAUACACAGCCAGAGAAGGGGCAAAAUUUCCUAUCAAAUGGACGGCACCAGAAGCCAUCAACUAUGGCUCUUUCACCAUCAAAUCAGAUAUGUGGUCCUUCGGGGUUCUCCUGUAUGAGAUUAUAACAUACGGGAAAAUUCCUUAUCCAGGCAUGAGCAACAGCGAAGUCAUGAGCAGUGUUCAGAGAGGUUACCGGAUGCCCCGUCCUGAAAACUGCCCCGUCGAACUUUACGAAAUCAUGACCACAUGCUGGAAGAAUAAACCAGAAGACCGGCCCACGUUUGACUAUAUUCAGAGUGUGCUGGACGACUUCUACACGGCCACUGAAGGCCAGUACCAGCAGCAGCCAUGAGGAGCAACAGUCAGAUCCCUCAGAUUAUUGCACUUCCAGAUGAUCAAAACAUCUGUGAUUUAUCUUUAAAUCCUACUCAUGUGUAACUAAUAAUUGGAUCAAUCUGCUCACUCCUAUGUAAGCAUGGUUAAGAUUGUCUAUCUCUGCUUCAAAUUGAAGUUUUACCAGCUUAUUUGCUCUUCCUCCGCACAUUUCAACUGCAUUUCAGAUUGUAAAUAAUUUGAUAUUUCAGAGUUCUAUGUGUUUAUACACCAGAUUUUUUUUCUUUCUCAAAUGUGAGCCGCUAUGGGGUCUAAAAGCAAAUUAGGAUUGAUUUAUUCACAUUACAGACACUUUUACAAAUGAAAAAAUAUAUAGAUAUAUUAGAAAAUUGAUCAGUGUUCUCAGUGUUUGGCUUAACGCUGUUUCAGACGUAUAUUUAGUAUGAAAAAAGCUUAUUAAUGCUAUUCAAGUCUUCAUGGCAUAAACAAACAUACAGCUAAUCUUUAAAUACUAAAUGAAAAAAUAAUUCAGUUAUUUAUAGUACAUACUGUAGUGUUUUUGAACCAUAUUAUAUAAUAAACUGUAUUGUACUAUGUUCUAUAAUGGGCAUCACGGUGGCAAGAGCGUUGCUGGUUCGAGCCUUGGCUGGGUCAGUUUUCUGUGUGGAGUUUGCAUGUUCUCCCCGUGUUGGUGUGGGUUUACUCUGGGUGCUCCAGUUUCCCCUACAAGUCCAAAGACAUGUGGUGUAGGUGAAUUGAGUAUUAGCUAAAUUGUCCAUAGUGUAUGAGUGUGUCCUGGUUCUCCAGGUUGGUGGUUGAGCAUUGGGCUAACAACCCACCUCGUAAAAAUAAGAUGUCACGAAACACCAAUAUAUGGUGUGGCUAAAUAUCAACGUCGAUAAAAACGGCACAGGUGAAUUAGGUAAGCUAAAUUGUCCGCAGUGUAUGUGUGUAAAUGAGUGUGUAUGGAUGUUUCCUAGUGAUGGGUUGCAGCUGGAAGGGCAUUCGCUGCGUAAAACAUAUGCUGGAUGAAGCUGCGGUCACACUGGACUUUUCUCCCCAUAGACUUCCAUUCAUAUGCACGCGAAUGUGUCAGACCGGAAACGCAAGCUUGUGCGACAAGUUUCACAGUUCGCUGCGUUGGAAAGUUCAAGCUUGGUGAACUCUGACCUGCGAAAUCGCAUCACAUGAUUGCGUGAGUCAAAUCGAAGAUCAAAACUUGACCUCUCUGGACUAAUCGCUCGCUUUUUUAAAUGUCUAAUCAUCUUGUUUAAUCCCGCCUCUUUUUGUAGCGCAGUACGACAGAAUUUAGCAAGCUCAAACUCUAGUGUGACUGCAGCAUUAGUUGGUGGUUCAUUCCGCUGUGGCGACCCCAGGUUAAUAAAGGGACUAAGCCGAAAAGAAAAUAAAUAAAUGAAUGAAUGUAUUCUAUAUCAGUGUUUCUCAACCACGUUCCUGGAGGACCACCAGCUCUGCACUUUUUCCAUGUCUCUUUAACCAAACACACUUGAUUCAGACUGAAAGACCUGUAAUCUGUGUGCCGAACAAAACAUGCGGUGUUGGUGAUUAAGAAACACUGCUCUAUCCGCUUGUUAAGUGUGACGUCACGCAAAACAGCCUCCGGGUCCAAGCUCUCUAUCAAACUGUAUGGAGACACUCAUCAAAUGGUAAUAAUAAACGUUUACAAAAUGAUGUAAUGCUUUCGAAAAUCACAAUCGCUAUAUAUAUAUA